AUGAUGCAUAAAAACAAAACAACUAUGGAAAAAACGCUUUCCAAAUCUUUAUAUUUGGUGAAACUUCGCGGGAUUUUAUGCGGUGAACCGAACUGCUUCCACGAGUGGUUCCAAAAUUGCGAUCAUAACAGCAAUCCAGUUAAACAGCAUAUUGAGCUUUUUGACAUUGUCUACCCAGCUGUUCGCAAUACGAUAGGGGUUAAUAUGGCUGGUGCAGCCGACCGCAGGAUAUUACAACGUGCCUAUCGGGUCUACUGCCAUUUGAUCCUCACAAAAAUCGUCAUGGGCAAUCAGGACACUGAAGUAGAACUUUCUACUUUGAAGUGGUGGAUGAAGAGUGCGACAGCUCUGGUGGAAACCCAGUUUCCCAAUGUUGAAAGUGCCUUCAUUUUCUGUAGUUCGGCGAAAUGUGAUGAAAACGGCUUCUUCUUCACUACCAAUUUCAAAGGUGCUUCCGCCAUAGCCAAAUUCACCUUCUGCGAAGGUAUGAAUCACGAUGAGAAAUGGCACGUUUCGGUAACAGCCUGUGGUGUCGUUAUGGGUGACAAACAUUUAAGAAAACUUGUUGAAGCCGCAAUUUAUCGUCGAAUGUCUUUGUGUGAAUUCAUCGAAACCCUACUGUGGCCCUUUAUGUAUCGCCUAAGCAUGACCAAGAACGAAAAGUAG